UAAAGUUUUUGUUUUUGCUCGCCCUCCUCAAACCUGGAGCUGUUCAGUGCGCCUAUAUCCUGGAACAUGUGCACAACAUCAGCACCCUGCAGCUGACUACCUCCAGUAUGUGAUUAAUGCUACUAACACCCCCCCCCCCCCCUCCAUGCUAGAGCAGGUUAAGCAAAGCUGCUGGAGGGGGGGUGGGCUGAGGGAUUGGGGGGGUGCCUUGCCUUGUCCCGAACUGAGCAGCAACAUAAGCAGCAGCCCUGUGUGUGUUUGUCUUUGGUUGGUGACAGCGGAGGAGCAUGUGGUCCUGCGCUGGCCAAUGCUGAGCCCAGAGCGAGGCGAUCAGCACUGUCAGACUAGCAGCAGUGCUGGCACAGAAAGGAACUCUGCCGUCCCUGCAGAAAGCCCCCCGACAAAAGAAAAACAAGGAGAGAGAGAGAGAGAAGGAGAGAGAGAUUUGGUUACAGAGGAGAGGAGGAUGCAGCGGGGAAAGGAUGUUGCAGAGCAGGCUGCAGGGAGGCAAAAACAAACAGGAGGACAGACUGUGUGAUCCAGUUUACAAGAUGUAGGAGCCGCAUGAGGAGAGUCCCUCAGUCCUCAGAGAGUGUGUGUGUGUGUGUGUGUGUGUGUGUGUGUGUGUGCGUGCACCGUAACAUCAGGGGACUUGUUGUGUUUCAAGGAGAGUGAAGGUGGAGAAGCUCCCCCCUCCCUCCAUCCCACCUCCCACCAAGAGGAUGACAAAUUAGUACUUAUUCAGCAAGGAGCGAGAAGAUCACCCUGAGGAUCAGAUGUUGUCCACAGCUCAGCAGAUGCUGCAAGACAGCCGCUCCAAGAUCGAGCUGAUCCGACUGCAGAUUAUCAAAGUCACCCAGGCUGGAGGAGGAGGAGGAGGUGAAGGUGGAGGCGGCCGGAGCAGUGCCACCAACGGAGGCAGCUCUCCAGUCGCUGCCAAUCCCGUGGACACGCGUGUGGCCGAGUUGCAGCACUACAUCCAGAGAGAGACAGAUGUGUUAUCGCUGGCCAAAGAUGUGGUGAAACAGCUGGAGGGACUGUCAUCGCUUGACCAGAAAGCGCUGGCUGAGGCUCGCUCCCGCGUGCAGGAGUCCUCCCAGAAGCUGGAGCUGCUGCGGCUGUCGCUGGACAGAUGCCUGAGGGAGGCGACAGAGGAGAGGCCGCGCCGCCCCGACGGAGGGGGCGAGCAGCCAGCGGGACCCCCCUCGCCCGGAAACCCCCCGCAGGCCCGUCUGCUGCCCCCCCUCUCCACCUCGCCCUCCGCCCUCUCCAUCAGGCCUGCCUCCCUAACCGGCAAACUUGAGGUGAAGCUGCUUGGGUGUGAGGGCCUGCUGGACUCUCAGUCGGACUCGGAGGACCCUUCACCGAACCGCAGGCUCGGCUCGUCCGCGGAGGCGAGCGCGGUGCUGCGGCUGGACAACCGAGCGGUGGGCCGAACGCGCUGGAGCCCCGUCAGCAGGCUGGCCUGGGAUCAGAGCUUCUGCAUCCAGCUGGAGCGGUCUCGAGAGCUGGAGGUGGGGGUCUUCUGGCGAGAGCAGGGGACGAUGUGCGCCGUCAAGAUGCUGCGCCUGGAGGAGAUCAUGGAUGAUCCGAACCAGGCUCAGAGUUUACAGCUGGAGCCGCAGGGAGUCCUCUAUGCCAAGAUGAACUUCAUCAACACCGUCAUUGAGCGGCAGCCGAGACUGAGACGUCAGCGAUGUAUCUUCACGAAAGAGCGAGGGAAGAACUUCCUCAGAGCGGCUCAGCUGAACAUGAAUUUCUCCACGUGGGGCCACCUGAUGAUGAGCGUCCUGCCUCACUACAGCACCUUCACAUCGUUCAGCUCGUCCCUGUCCAUGCCUGCAGACUCAGUGGCCAACAGCACUCCUGCCACCGAGAGGGACCCUCCAACCACAACUCCACUGCCAAGCGAUGUUCCAGUGAUUAGACUCAACAUCAGCGAGGACCAGCCGUCUCCGACCGGCCUCGACCAGGGAAACAGCGUCCCCGGUCCCAUCUCUACCGCACAGAAAACACCAUCCACGCCUGCACUGCAAGAAAAUCAGUCAUCUAUCAACACCACGACAGAAAGAAGCGGAGAUCAACCUGUAUCUGCUCUGAAGAUGCAGAUGGAAGAUUUCAAAUAUAUUUCAGUUCUGGGAAGAGGUCACUUUGGAAAGGUUCUUCUAGCAGAGUUUAAGAAGACCAGGAAGCUCUACGCCAUCAAAGCCUUGAAGAAAAGAGACAUCGUGACGCGAGAUGAAGUCGACAGCCUCAUGAGCGAGAAGAGGAUCUUCGAGAUGAUCAACGCCUCCAGGCAUCCGUUCCUGGUGAACCUGCACGGCUGCUUCCAGACCAGCGACCACGUCUGCUUCGUCAUGGAGUAUUCACCCGGCGGCGACCUCAUGAUCCACAUCCACAACAACGUCUUCACCGAGGUCCAGACCAGGUUUUAUUCAGCGUGUGUCCUGCUGGGUUUAGAGUUCCUGCAUCUCAAUAAAAUCAUCUAUCGAGAUUUGAAGCUGGACAACCUGCUGAUGGAUGCAGAUGGAUUUGUGAAAAUCACCGACUUUGGACUUUGUAAAGAAGGGAUGGGACACGGAGACCGGACGUCCACUUUCUGUGGGACUCCUGAGUUUCUGGCUCCUGAGGUCCUGACAGACGACAACUACACCCGCGCAGUGGACUGGUGGGGAAUGGGCGUCCUGAUCUUCGAGAUGCUGGUGGGAGAGUCUCCGUUCCCCGGUGAGGAUGAGGAGGAGGUGUUCGACAGCAUCGUGAAUGACGACGUGCAGUACCCGGGCUCGCUGUCGCCGGACGCCAUCGCCAUCAUCCAGAAGCUGCUGAAGAAGAACCCGGUGAAAAGACUGGGAGCCGGAGAGAGAGACGCUAACGAGGUGAAAGGAGAGAAAUUCUUUGAGACCAUUGACUGGGAGGCCCUGCUGGCCAAGAAAGUCAAGCCGCCGUUCCUGCCGUCCAUCAAAGAGUCCGUCGACGUCAGCAACUUCGACAGCGAGUUCACUCGCCUGCAGCCGGUCCUGUCUCCUCCCUCCAAGUCGUUCAGCCUCUCUCCCGAGCAGCAGGAAGCCUUCGCCGACUUCGACUUCUCCGCUUUGCACGGAUGAAACACAGACUGAAAAGACCAGGGUGGGAAAUUACUGACAACCAGAUGCUGGUCGUUUUAUUUUGUGGCUGGUAACCAGCCAAGACUGGAAGGUCCUGCUCUGUUGGAAACCCACCGUCAGCUGGUAAAACAGUGAAAGUACCAAAUUUUCAAAAAUGAUUAAAGGGGAAUUAUCAGGCCCCUGGUGGUGAUGAGCAAGAAUUGCACCACUGACAGACCUCCUGUACACACACACACACACACACACACACACACACACACACACACACACCCCUCCCCCAUCUUGAGAGCUAUGGUGACGAUUAAUUGACAAAAAAAAAUCACCUUAUUCACCUUGAUGCCAUGUUGAGUUCACUGAUGCCACGACAGGGACUAAAAGUGGACGUUCCAUAGACCCCAAUGUUAAAACUCUGCUGAAAAAAUAUUUCAAGAGUUAUUAUUGAAUGAAAUGACAGAGAUCAUGCUAUCAUAAUUUCAGAGCCCUUGUCUAAAGACUGCGGAUGUGUUUGACCUCUGUGGUUUUCAUAAUGUAAAAUGGAUGGAGUAGACUGGAGGUGAAUGGCUGCCCUGCUGAUUGACUCUCAUUCCUUCUAAAAUAAUAAAACAACGGUAAGAACAACAUGACUCAGCCAUGGAGAAUGUUUUAGAUAGACACCAGUUAUAUAAAAGUGCUAUUUCAAGAGUGGAAUUAAUCACAUUUAUAGUUGGAAAUCAUCUCAGUAGCUACAAUAAAAAAAAAAAAAAAAAUUCCCACAUUUUUUUAUUGCCUUAGAAUGAAUGAAAGUCGAUUAGCAGCGCAACCAUUCACUUCCAUUCAUUUUAUAUUAUUAAAACACAUUUCAAGUCUUAUGUCAUUCCAUUUGACGCUACUCCUGAAAUCGUCUUUUAACACUGGAGUUUAUGGCACCUCCGAAAUAAAACAAAUAAAAUCCACAACAAAAAUGACUAAUAUAGCUAUUUACGCCAGAUAUAUAAUAAAAAA